UCUUCGGCAAUCAUCGGAUAUACGAAAGAUGACGAACGGUACUUCUACUUCUGGAAAAUUUCGUUGUUUUCGAAGGACGGAAGCAACCGAAGUUACACGUUUGUCAAAUUUUAGAGCGAAGUUGAGUACUUUAACGACGAAAAAGCGGUGAUGGUUGACAGUUUUUCCAGAAUGCCUGGAACAAGGAUUACUGAUGAAGAUCGGAAGAAGAUUGGUCGUAAAUUCAUUUGCACCAGUUGUGAUUUACUGUUGUCAGCUCCGAUGCAGACUUCUUGUGGUCAUUUGAUGUGUGCUUCAUGUGUUGAUGUUCUGCUAGAGAGUUCAAACCCAAGAUGUCCUGAUGAUGGCACAGAAUUAACAAAGGAUCAGGUUUUUCCAGAUGUGUUUACUAAACGUGAAUUGCGAGCAUUGUCCUUACAUUGUGCUAACCCUGGAUGUCCUUGGGACGGCAUGUAUGUUGAACUGGAGGCUCAUUCCCAGGUGUGUGAACAUGUGCAGAUCAACUGUGUCCAUACCCAAUGUAAGAUGAAGUUCCAACGUUCUCAUUUGGGUGAACAUUUGAAGAACGAAUGUGAAUAUCGCAGCGUGAAGUGUAAAUAUUGUCACAAAGAUAUUUCAUUUGCUUCUCUUAAGGAUCAUGUGACUACAAGCUGUGAGGGUGCGCCAGUGACUUGCAAAUUCUGCAAGCAAAAGGUUUUGAGAAAAGACCUUGAAAGACACGAACAAGUCAUGUGUGAAGAGGUUCCAGGAGAAUGCGAAUUUCAGGCCGUGGGUUGUAAUCAUGACAAGACUUUAAAACGAAGGGAGCUACGCCAACAUAUGAAUGACGGUUUGAUUGACCAUGUUCGAUUUUUGCUCCAGUUUUUUCUCAAUUUGCUUUCUCAACUUGGUACAUAUGUCCCACGGCCAGAGUUUGCAGGAAUCAUUCAGAAAAUACGCGAUGAUAUCUCCGAAGUUCGUUCAGGUUUGGCUGAAAAGUUUGUGAUGUUGGUUGGAAAGUUAACUGAGUUGGAGAGACGAAUUGAAGGUUUGGAGGCAGGUGGUGGCCAUGGAAGAGCGAGUGAUGAAAUCCGUGAGUUGGUAGCGAGUAUUCAGAGCAAGGCCGCUGAAAUCAGCAGCUUAGCUGAAAAAGUGAGAAGUUUGGAGCGAGAAUUGAGAGAAAAAGAUGCACAAAUCGACCGGAUGCGAAGCAGAAUGGAUCAAAUUGACGAGUCUCUUGCCCUCAACACCAUUCAUAGCUACAAUGGUACCUUAUUGUGGAAGAUUGACGCCUAUGAAAGAAAACGUCAGGAUGCUAUCAACGGAGUGAAGACGGCCUUGUAUAGUACACCAUUCUACAGCGCUCAGUACGGGUAUAAAUUGUGUGCAAAGAUCUAUAUGAACGGAGAUGGAUUUGGGAAAGGAUCUCAUUUGUCCUUGUUCUUUGUGGUGAUGAGAGGUGAUUAUGAUUCUCUUCAAACGUGGCCAUUUCAGAAGAAGAUUACAAUGAUGCUCUUGGAUCAAGGUAACGGUGAUCACAUGGUCGAUGUGCUUCAUUCUGAUCCUAAAAGUUCCUCUUUUCAACGCCCAAAGUCUGAUAUGAAUAUCGGGUGUGGUUCGCCGUUAUUCAUGCCGAUUGAUAGUUUAGGUAAUCGUCAAUAUAUCAAAGAUGAUGUUAUGUUUAUCAAGAUCAUCGUAGAUUAGCCCCGAACAGGCAGGUCGGAAUUUUGUCACUAGUUAUCACCACAGUACAAUCUAUAUAACAAUCCAUAUAACAUAUUAUAUAACACUACAGCAUACAAGGAAGCCUUUGUUUUGAACUACAGGUUUUGAGAGUGCAGUGAUCUCCUCAGUAGCGAGGGGAUGUUAUGGUGAAGCAUUUUAAUUUUUCUGUUUUUAUCGUAUGAUCCCCAUUAUAUGUCGAGGUUGAGGUGAAGAAAGUCGUUUCGCUUUCUUGUUUUUGCAUAUUUCUGUUGUCCUAUUCUUAGGAUAUGCACGAAUGGAAUACAUUCAAACAAUUUGUCUUUUUGUAUUUUUCCUCUUGAAGAGUUGUUGCGUGCACGUACCUUAAAGCUUUGUCGGAAGAGGUUCUUGUUUCUGCGCCAGAACGUCAAACCUCUAUUCUUUCUAAAAAUCUUUUCAAAGCAAGGCAGGCUGUUAAAGUUCAAAAAUUCCUACCCCAUGA